AUGAAUAUAAAAUUUGUUGAAGAGAUGAUAUCUUCGGAGAAUUUUGAUCGAAGCGGCGUUUGGCUCGCAGAGACACGCGGUCGGCCAGUAGAGAAAGCUUUCCUUUAUGAUGUGGUGGCGAAUAGCAAUGAUUCGAUUGAUGUUGAUAAAUUUGAAUAUCUUAUGAGAGAUUCAUUUUGUACUGGUAUACCAAUUCCGUUCAAUAAGCAUAGUAUUGAACGGCUUAUUGAAAAUGCGAGAGUACUUCCCGACCCGAUCCGAGGUUUUCCACGUAUAUGCUAUGCAAAAAAGGUAGCUGAUAUCGUAUUGUCCGUAGGAGACUCACGUCAAAUGCUGCACAAUUUGGUCUACCAGCACCGAGUUGUCUGCGCAAUUGAAGCGAUGUGAGC